CUCCCUGUGAGUAUCAUCAAGAGACAAACUGCAUAAUGGUUCGGGCUACCCUGGCUUCUGUUCUUCUUUCCUUCGCGAGCCUCGGACAAACAGCAAUCGUUCCUCUUCCUCCUAGCACCGGACCCUGCGACGUCACGCUUCAUGCCAGUGAACUCGUCGACCUGAACCGAACCGAUCCAUUUGACCCAAAAGAAGGAAAACGUGCUAUCAUGAUCACCACCUUCACCCCCGUCAAUUGUGGAAGUGUGCUUCUCACAACAUACAUCCCCAAUGCCACAGCCAAGUACGAAGACGAGACCUUCCAGUCGUUCGGAAUAGCGUCAGGCACGUUCGAGGCGUUCCGCAUCCCGACUCUAGCCCAAAAGCAGCCACCGCGCUCCGGGAUGAACAGAGACCACCCUGUUGUACUGUUCUCGCCAGCCUCGGGGGUCUCGCGAUUGAUGUACACCUCGCUGCUCCAAGACAUAGCCAGUCACGGGCUGGCUGUUAUCUCCGUCGAUCACCCGUACGAUGCAAAUAUCGUGGAAUUCCCAGAUGGCCGCACAGUCUUUGGUAUCUUCGGAGACACUAUGACCGAUGCGGAAUACGUGUUCGCAAUGGACGUUCGCGUCGAGGAUAUGAGAUUUGUACUGAAUCAAACCCACAACGAGACGGUGUUGGCAGACAUAUUCCCCCUGACACGCACAAACCCCAAUCUCCUCUCCCUCGAUCGAACGACUAUCAUCGGUCACUCCCUGGGUGGCGCAACCGCCGCGCAGGCAACCCUGAUCGAUGACCGACUUGUCGGAGGCAUCAACCUGGAUGGAACUUUGUUCGGAUCUGUGGUAGACACAGGCCUGUCGAGUCCGUUUCUGCUGUUCGGCAACGCCAACCACACGCAGGCAACGGACGCCAGCUGGGCGACCUUUUUGUCCCAGACACGAGGCUGGAAGCUGGAGCUGCAGCUCGCGCAGUCGGAACACUACACUUUCUCCGACUUUCCAGUCCUUGUCGACUCGCUCGGCGUCUCCGACGAAGUUACGCGACUUGUCCAAGCCGUUGCAACUGGGACUAUCGGGGUUUUGCGCGCGAGGAAUGUGCUGGUGGAGUAUAUCACGGCCGCGCUGCGAUACUUUAUUUCCGGGGACCAGUCGGAUUUGCUCAGUGGUCCUUCUGCGGCGUAUCCUGAUGUGACCUUUGUCUCUUCUUGAUUAGUCACGAUGAUGUGGGGGAGUAUGUGGACCUGCACAUGACAAUCCUGAUGUAUCUGCACCUGAGGCAAUGAAUCGCUGGGCUUGUUAUAUACGGAGAGCAAAUCGAACGCAGAAUGGAGAAUGCUGGGUGGUCAGAAUUUAGUCCUGUUAGACUUGUGCUUUGGGGAGGAAUUAAAG